ACAUUAUUCUUUUCUGUCCUGUAGAAAAUGGAGAGUUUUUUUGUUUUUUACAUGUCAUUUUACUCUAUUCUUUUUCACUUUUUAGUCUUUAAUGAAGCAACACCAUGGGCGAGAAGACAUUGUCAACAGAUAACUAAAGGUUACGAUUGUAAUGAUAUGGACCUACAAUCAAUCCCAGAUGAGAUACCAAAUUCUGUUCAAAUUUUGCAAUUCAGCUUCAAUUAUCUGCCUGCGCUGUACAAUUCCACCUUUCAGAGGCUAAAAAGCUUACGUUCUUUAGAUGUGACAAGAUGCAGCAUCACUUUCAUAUAUGAAGAUGUGUUUACAUAUCAGCCUCACUUGGAGGUCCUUCUCCUAACUGGAAACCCUCUUGUGUUCAUCGCAAGUACAGCUUUCUCUGGACCACUAGCAUUGAAAUAUCUAAGCCUAGUUCAGUCAAAGAUCAAACAACUGUCAGACAUCCCAUCUGAAAAUCUUGCUUAUUUAGAGGUUUUGGACCUCAGGGGAAGUAACAUUCGCUCAUUAAAUGGACUAAGCAAUUUUCGCUGGCAAAAUUUGAAGAGCUUGCAGCUUGACUUAAACUUUAUUGACCGGAUAAGUUUUAAUGACCUACAACCAUUCAGCAACCUGGCUGGGGUGAGCAUCAGCUUCAAAGGAAAUGAUUUCAUCUAUAUAGAACCCGGUGCUUUUCAUUCACUGAAUCUAAGUAGUCUUGAUUUUAGUGGCUGCUUAAAUAAGAUGAACAUCUCAUCCCUCCUGAAAGGUCUUGAAGGAAUUAAAACCAACAGACUGAACCUGGGACUGUAUGAAACUGAUUCAAACGUAUACAUAGCAUCAGCUGCGCUACAAUCUUUUUGCAACAUCUUCGUAAGUGAUCUGGAUUUCCAGCUUCAGCAUUUCUUAGACCUAAAUAAUAGUACUUUUCAUUGCCUUGAAGGACUUAAAAAGCUUGACCUUACUAGAGCUCAUCUGAAUGCAUUGCCCUUGAACACAACUGGCUUGUCCACAUUGUCACAUCUUAUUCUAGAUGAGAACCAAUUUAAAGAUGUCUGCCAGAGCAACACUAGAAAUUUCCCCAUGCUUACACACUUAUCCAUAAGUGGAAAUUUGAAGAAACUUACUUUCAGCAAUAGAUGCUUGGACAGUCUUGGACUGUUAGAGGAGCUGGACCUUAGUGUUAGUUUAGUAAACCCCAGAGAACCUUGUUGUAAUAACCAACUGUUUGGGCUUGGCGAAUUGAAGCUUCUCAAUCUAAGCUAUGGGUCACCAAUGUUCUGGAGUUCAAAGCCUUUCAACGUGACUCCAAAAUUAGAGCACUUAGACUUCAGCCAUUCAGUUUACACUCUACUGAACGAUAGCUCACCUUUCAGUAAUCUGCAGAGUCUCAGAACUCUAAAUCUUUCUUGGUCAAAUACAGAUCUGACAAACGUGCACCUUUUCGUUGGCUUGAAGGCCUUGCAACAUCUCAAUUUGAGGGGGAACGCCAUUCAAGGAGAGGUUCUCACUCAAACGGAACUCUUUAAAUGUGUGCCUCUUUUGGAGACCUUAGUUUUGUCUGCAUGCAAAAUAACUUCAUUUGAUGAGAACUUGUUUAAAGGUCUUAGACAUCUCAAUCAUAUAGACCUGAGUGAAAACAAGUUUGUCAAACUGAGCACCUCUGGAUUUUACUCGCUUGAUUUUCUCAAACUUAACUUCGCCAGAAAUGAUAUUACAACUGUGGAUGUUGCAAGUGUUGCGGAUUUGGGAGAAGAGGGUUCUGUUGAUCUGAGCUACAAUCCCCUGGUUUGCAACUGUAGCAACUUUGAGUUCAUCCACUGGGUUAAGAAAAAUAAAGUCAAAGUAAAGCAUUUAAUGGAGACAUUUUGUAAUGGGACAGGGACAAGGAUUAUUGAUGCUAAACUGCAAUGUGACCUUCCUGUAGGUGUACUUGUGUUUUGCGCAGUUCUAGCUGCAGUUCUACUUGCAUCUGCAAUCUUCUUGCUCAUAAGGAGAGUAAGGAAAUAUUCUAUAUACACAAACCUGUAAAUUCAUAAGAUUUAUUUGGUCUCCCUCCAAAUGCAAACGUAUAUCAUUCUAUUUUAAUAAUAUUGUAUAACAUUGAUAUAUUGAGCCAAUGUUGAUUUUGAUUUAGUAGUGUAAUAUGUUGUAACUGAGAAAAUAAAUGGUUCUAAAAACGUGAA